ACGCGGCUCUACUAAACCCUACUGGGCGUACGUGUCAGUCUCCAACCACGGAGGCCCAACAACCGAUGCCCGUGGCCAUCGCCGCCGCUGCCGCCGCCGCCGCCGCCGCCGAACCGGAGCGUGAGCGGAACAAUGGGGAACGUCGACCCUGGCGGAAAGGAAGGAAGAGGAAACCGCCGAGAAGGAAAGACGGAAGGGAGGGGCUAGGGGCCGUGGAAGGAGAAGGGGGAGGGGGAGGGGGAGGGGGAGAGGGGGUUGGAGGUGGAGCAGUAGGAGUAGGAGUAGGGGGAGGAGGAGGAGGAGGAGUAGGAGGAGGAGGUAGACGAAUGGGAAGAUUUGGACACAGGAGGAUCCGGAAGCCGCUGGGGGAGAAGUUGUUGACUGCCGACGAGCAGCGCGAAGCGGCGGUGACGGCGCGAUGGGACUUCCUGAACUCGGCGCUAGAGGAGGCUGGCAUGCCUCUUGCGCCGUUUCCCGCCCAAGCUCCGCCGUGGGUGGGCGGGCCGUUGACACCUUGCCCGCUCAGUUACGGCGUCAUUCAAGCGUUCCACGAACAAGUCAUGAAAGCAGUCAGCGACCUAGAUCGGUUCAAAUCGAGGGCUGUGCGGGCUGGAGGGGUGGAGAUAGGGGUCCCCUUGCUGACCCCUCAUCACAGCACCUUGCUGUUGCAAGAUUGGAACGAAACCCCUCCUGCAGUCAUCGCGCACAUUCCCGCUAGUGAAAUCCCUGCAAACAAGGGCACUGGCAAAGGCGUCUGGAAGUCUAAUUACCAAAGAGUGGGUCUGAGCAUAAUCUACGGUCAGCACGUGCCUCUGGAAGUCGUCGUGUACGUCCGGAGUAGACCGGUGCAGCACAAGGCCGAGUUUGAGGGCAUGAUAGCUUUCAUGCACGCGGUCAAAGUGCUGACUUUCCGGAAAGAAUGGCUGAAGGAUGACCCGCCCGAGGUGAGGGGUCUGCAGUUCCAGGUGAGCUGGGCGCAAAGACUAAUCAGAUCAGCGGACAUCUAUUACGUAGAAGCGCGCAAGCUGGAGCAGUUCAUGGAGCAGCUGAGUCAAUGGCGAGCAACAAACGCUGCUGAGGGAAGGGACCCAAUGCAAGGGAGAGUACUGCAGACAAUAGACAGCCAGGGCAAGGUUGUUGAGGUGUACGAUCAGCCGCCGCAAAGUAUGAACUCGCAGGCUGUGCGCCAAGCCGGUCUUACGCUGAUGAGAUAUGCAGCGGACCUGUCCGUCUCUUUCUGGGAGUUGGCGACGAGGGGGAAAGAGAUCGCGAGAUGCGUUUGUCAUCAAGAUAACCUGCAGGACAUACUGCGUGCAAGACGGAUGUCCAUUGGGCUCUCUCCUACACCGCAGUCGCAGCCGAUGAUGCUGGCCACGGGCGCGGAGGCGACUGGUUUGCACACUUACCCGUUCUCGGAAGAUGAGGGGGAAGGAGAGGGAGGCGGCGGCGGAGAGACAGCGCUUCUGGGCCGCGGGCGAUCUGGUGGCGCCGUCGAUGGCUACGUGAAUAGUCGCCCAGUUAAGAGGGUAAAAGCAGAGGAGGAGGUGUUUCCUGAGGAUGGAGGUGAUCGGCGCCAGACGCCGUCGUUGGCCGGGGUGGAACCCGCCUUUCCCCCCCCCCAUAACCCCGUCCCGAGCGCCGUUGCUGCGCCCAUGGGUAUGGCGGGGGGGCAGAUGGCAGGGGGGGGGAAUAACUCCGCCAUGGCAACAGCACCCCCCAGCACUUCGAUGCUUCCCCCUGGCUUCUACCCGCCCACUCCGUCGCAGUCGCAAUCGCAAUCGCAACCCUUCUCCGCCCCUCCGCCGUCUGUUCAGCAUCCUUCCGCUUCCGCCGCCCUCAUCGGCGCGCCGCCGCAAGAUUCCUUGGCUGCGCAAGUACCGUCAUUGCAUGCCUUCUACGACGAUAUUAAGCCUCAGCUUGGCGCGCUUCCCCCUAUUUGUGCCAUUCCUGCCCCUCGAAACCUUGCUUUCUCAGGGGUCCGCGCUCCUGUGACGCGGGGAUUGCCGCCUCCGCAGCCUUUCUACGCGGAACCGUCGAUGGGGUUCAGCGGUCCGUUCGCGAGCCCGCUUGUGAGGGAGGCAUUGCAAGCUAUGAAUCCUCCUCCCGCAAAGCUUGGCCUUUCCGUAUACGAGUUGUGACGGCAGACGGCUGGCUUAUCUCCAGGGGACUGGCCAGGGCUUCGUCUGCUGCUGCCUCUUACGUGCCGCGAGCAGAGAGGAAAGAAAGAGAAAACGCACAAAGACAGGCAGCUCCGUGUAGGAGGAAUCUCGGCCACAAGCACAAGCGACGGCAAUUAGGGUUUUGAUGUGCAGAUCGACGGGUGGAGGGCCGGGGCUGGGUAGGAGUGUUUUUGUGCGACGAGACCAGUGCUGAUUCGACUGAGUACAACGUAGGCUGUGUAACGUGUCAGAUCGUGAGCUUUGUCGGAGCUGGAGGAGAGAGUGAGCGAGGAGGAGUGACUAGCGACCGGUCGGCGGUGAGAGAGAGAGAGAGAGAGAGAGAGAGAGAGAGAGAGAGAGAGAGAGAGAGGGGGAAAAUCAAGCGUUUGAUGCUUAGAUGAAAAUGAGGGUAUGUUCUCUGUGUGUGUGUGUGUGUGGCACACACACACAGAGAGAGAGAGAGAGAGAGAGAGAGAGAGAGAGAGAGAGAGAGAGAGAGAGAGAGAGAGAGAGAGGUCGUUCAGGGCAGUUGAGGAGCAAAAAGACUUGAAGAGGCGUUAAUGUACGGUUGGGCCCCCUGGAGCUGAGCAAGCUGGGAACAUCAAUCGCAGAGAAAGCAGCGAGAGGGAGGAGCGGGUAAUGCGGAUUAGUGAGAGGAGAGAGGAGAGGGUAGAAUUCCCUAGUGCGCCGGCUGUGAAGUUCAGGUUCCUCCUACUUUUUCCGUCUAGGCGGCUACAUUAGGGUGUGUCAAAUCGUCUGUCUGUACAAAAGGAGGGAGCCGGCGAGGAGUAGAGAAGUAAUGUGACGCAUGGUGUAUGGGGGAGUAGUCUCUAAUGAUUAAAAAGGUAAAAAACCGUUUUGCAAAUAUGGGCGAAAGGCAGCGCGGGUCUUUGCCUUCAAGAUCGC